CUCAAGCUACGACACCGUUCACAGGGUUGUGUCCAUCGGAAACAUAUCCUCAAUCCAUGACCUCGCAACUCGCACCAUCCUCCCCGACCGAGCUAAGGCGGUGGUCCCCGACCGCCGGGUCGCCCGCCUUUGGCCGUCCGACGCCGUCCUAAGUCUCUUCUGGAAGGAUCCGCUCCAACCCCACCAUCCGGACUCGGCAUUCGACCACCGGGAGAGGCAUUCAAACUGGGGGAGCGAAUCGAGCUGGUCGAAAUCUAACAGG